GUAGUGGUCGUCUGAGGGAAGAUCCUUGAUAUGCUUGUGGACUACUUGGACUUUCCCAAUGCGUCUUGACGAAGUGGAGUACGGUAUUGCAUACCGAGGGGUGUAUCCAUCCACGAUGCGUUUCGCGAGAAAGGGGUGACGGUUCGUUUCUAGGCAGUUGUUCUGGGGGACUUCUGUAUAUUUAACACUACUUUGGUAGGUGGGAAGAGGAAGAAUGAAAGAGGUCUUCCAACGGAGCGGUCGUAAACAUGAACGGUGCCCUUUACAUUUCGUUUUUCCAAGGUCAGCUGGAGUCCGCGCUGGAGCAGGUAGUGCAGCUCGCCGUUCAGGAAAUCACCAAGACUGUUGGGGCCACUUUGAAUUCAAUGCUAUUGGAAACGGCCACCAAAGAGCAAGAAAAUCAGCGUUUAAGGGCGACCCUUCAGUCUCGUGGAGGGAACGGGAAUAGCGCUGCGUAUAAGAGAAAAACCGACACGAACGAUGAAACAAAGCAACACGCCCCCAGUCAAAGCCCUGAAUGUGGCGUUCAAUCUGAAACGCUCAGGCGUGAACAGAAAGCGCGAGCAGUUGGUCAGUUAAAAUCUGUAAUGGAACAUGUGCUGGAAUUCGCCGUUUGUGAGCUGACUAAAAUCGCGGAAGACAGCUUUGACGACCUGCUCUCGGAGUUCACCAAGAAGGAGUGGGAAAACCAGAUACUAAAAGAGCAGUUACAGGACAAGAACAUAGUGGAGGACAGUGAUGUGCUUGCUGUGGAAACGGAGGACCGCAAAAACGACUCUGCCUCUCCUAGCAGUUCCAAAGCAGAAAAGCAAGAGUCGAAAGGCCUGCAGGACCAAUCGCACAAAAAAGAGUGGGAAAAAACUGAAACCACAAAUGAACCAGACAAGCAGACUGUCAUUGCAGUGGCUCAGGACUGGGUGCCCAUCCUGGACAAAGUCUUCGGGCAGAAGUGGUGCAGUGACCUCUGGCAGUUCAAAGAGGUCACCAACAGUAAAGAGGAGCUCACUGGGCUGAGCUCGGGCUCGGUGACCGACAUGGACAGCUUAAUUCGGGAGACGCUCAUGCCGUCUUGCCUGGCCACUCAGAGGAAGCUGGAGCUUGAGGUGGGCCAGCCACCCUGGUUGCCACUUGACGAUAUGGAGGUUGUUUCUUUAACCUCUGAGACUCAAGGCGUUCCUGUCAUCAGCUCCACAGAAUCCCAUGCUUGCAAAGAGUGCGGCAGGAAGUUCAGCCGAGCGCAUCUUCUCAGAGCCCAUCGACAAACGCACGAGGAGACGACCAACCGAUGCCCUCAAUGUGGAAAGAGUUUCUCCCAGUCUUCAAGGCUCCAGGCUCACUUACAGACGCACAUGGACAAAACGAUAUGAGAGAGUGUAGAUGAAAGAAAUUUAGGAGGAUAGGUGGGGAGGUUUUCCAGUGAUUUGUUGCUUCUUGAAGUGAGUCAGACUUUCAAAUUCAUUUCAAGUACUGAUAAUGGACAUGCAAGAAACGUGUAGCCUUUUUGCUAGUUUGAAGGUACACUGAGGUAAUUAGACAUCUGACACAAUUUAAGAUGUUUUUACCUCCAUUUCGUUUCCCUAAUUUUAGGGAUUAUUGGAAGAAGCAAAUACUAGUAACAACAAGCUGUGUACACAGUGUAAAUAUCAAAGUAGGGCUGCAUAGACCAUCACAAUAAGGAUCGAAGAAUUUCCUUUUUCCAUUGGGUAUUUUUUCAUAAUUCAAGUUUGAAAAGAUCCUAAAACUUUGUAAAUAUUUUAAACAUGUUACAUGAAGAUGUCGUGGAAAAGGAAUUCGCUAGUUAAUAGGCCCAUGCAGCAUGCUGGUCUUGUUUCUUUUUACAACAUUUGGAAUGUGAUCAAACGAACCAG